ACCGACCUAGUAUUCUCUAUGUACACGCACAACGGUGAUGUCAUUUGCUACUUGGAUAAAUUUGGUGAUGACGUCAUCGAAUGGGGAAGUCCCUGAAUGAAGACAAAUGUUUUACACGAAGAAUGCUGAUGCUUUAUUUGAAAUAUAGCGCUCUAGUAGCAAUAAAUACAGGAGAGGAGCUGCUGGUCUGGUACGAAGAAGAAUUCGCCAGAGAACUUUGCCUCAUCAGAGACAAAAACGUGUACAGCUAUUCCAGUAAAAACAGUGGUCACUUAGAGAUACACAUGAGGAAACGUACAGGAGAAAGACAGUACACGUGUGAGGUGUGUGGCUAUUUAUGUAAACAGAUUUGUAACUUGAAGACACACAUGAGGAUACAUUCUGGAGAAAGACCGUACAAGUGUGAGGAGUGUGGUUAUGCUUGUAAACAAAAUGGUGCAUUGAAGAGACACAUGAGGACACAUACAGGAGAGAGAAAGUACAAGUGUGAGGUGUGUGGCUAUUUAUGUAAAGAGAGUGAUAACCUGAAGACACACAUGAGGAUACAUACAGGACAGAGAGAGUACAAGUGUGGGGUGUGUGGCUAUGAAUGUAAACGUAGUGGUAACCUGAAGACACACAUUAGGAUACAUACAGGAGAGAGACCGUACAAGUGUGAGGUGUGUGGCUAUGAAUUUAAAGAUAGUGAUGCUUUGAAGAAACACAUGAGGAUACAUUCUGGAGAAAGACCUUACAAGUGUGAGGAGUGUGGUUAUGCUUGUAAACAAAGUAGUGCAUUGAAGAGACACAUGAUGAUACAUACAGGAGAAAGACCGUACAAGUGUGGGGAGUGUGGCUAUGAAUGUAAAUGUAGUGGUGAUUUGAAGAGACACAUGAUGAUACACACAGGAGAAAGACCGUACAAGUGUAAGGAGUGUGGCUAUGAAUGUAAACGUGGUGGUGUUUUAAGAAACACACGAGGAUACAUACAAGAGAGAGAGAUACUGUACACGUGUAAGAUGUGUGAUUUUUCAUGUAAAAACAGGGGUCACUUGCAGAGACACAUGAUGAUACAUACAGGAGAAAACCCGUACACGUGUGGGAUGUGAUUUCGUGUGUAAACAAAGUAGUUUGUUGAAGACACAUAUGAUGAUGCAUACAGGCGAGAGACCAAACACGUGUUACUUGUGUGGUUAUGCACGUAUCCGGAGUGAACGCAUGAAGAGACACACGAAGAAGCAUGCUUGGUUAUACUUGUUAAGAUAUUGGUGAUUUAAAGAAACGCAUGAGGAUACAUACGGUAGGAAGACUUUAAAAAGUGUUAGGUGUGUGGUUAUCCAUGUAUCCAUAGAAGGAAGACUUUACAGAGUGUUAGGUGUGUGAAAACUAGAAGAGGAACAUGAUGAUAAAUAAGAAUAUAAGAGAAGAAAGAGCUAAAACAUGAAUUGAAAAUUUGGUCAAGUUUUGUCUUUAGGUCCACUUUAUUCCUAAAGUAUCAAAGCUAUUGCUUUCAUGCUUGCAACACUCACUAACUAUCAUAAGGGGACUGUGCAGGCAAAGUUAUGUAACUCUAACUGGCAUUUUGACAAAAUUAUGGCCCCAUACAUCCUUUGAAAAUUGAACAUUUGGUUAUGUGUUGUGUUUUCGUCCAUUUUACUCCUAAAGUAUCAUAGCUAUUGCUUUCAGACUUGUAACACUCUCUAACUAUCAUAAGGGGACUGUACAGAACAAGUUACAUGACUCUGGUUGGAAUUUUGACGGAAUUAUGGCCCUUUUUUGACUUAGUAACAUUGAAUAUUUUGUUAAAUUUUGAAUUUACAUGCACUUUACUCUUAAAGUAUCAAGGCUAUUGCUUUAAAACUUUAAAUACUUUCUUACUAUCAUGAGGGUAAUGUAGCUUGCAAGUUGAAUUUGACCUUGACCUUUGAAUGACCUUGAUUCUCAAUGUCAAAUAAAUAAAUUUUGCUUAAAUUGCCAUAAAUUCUUUAUUUAGGAUCAGAUUUAAUUCAUACUUUGACAAAACAACACUUACCUGACAUACCACAAUGAACUCCACCCAAACCAUCCCCCACGCUCCAUUCCAGACCCCCUUCCAAAAAAAAAAUUUCCUUAGUAGUUGGACUGUCCGUCAUACUGCGCGUCCUUUGGAAAACUUUAACAUUGGUCAUAACUUUUGCAAGAUUGAAGAUAGCAACUUGGUUUUGGGCAUGCAUGUGAAUCUCAUGGAGCUUCACUUUUUGAAUGGUGAAAGGUCAAGAUCAUCCUUCUAGGUCAAAGAUAAAGGUCACAUUUUUCAAUAUUGAAGAAAGUAACUCGAUAUUUGACAUGCAUGUGUAUCUCAUGGAGCUGCACAUUUUGAGUGGUGAAAGGUCAAGGUCAUCCUUCGAGGUGAAGGUCAAAAUUUUCAAUAUUGAAGAUAGCAACACGAUAUUUUGCAUGCAUGCGUAUCUCUUGGAGCUGCACAUUUUGAGUUGUGAAAGGUCAAGGUCAUCAUUCAAGAUUAAAAGUCAAGGUCAAAGUUCAAAUUUUGCAAUAUUGAAGAUAGCAACUCGAUAUUUGGCAUGCAUGCAUAUCUCAUGGAGCUGCACAUUUUCAGUUGUGAAAGGUCAUGGUUAUCCUUCAAGGUAAAAGGUCAAGGUCAAAUUUUGCAAAAUUGAAGAUAGCAACUUGAUAUUUGUCAUGCAUGCGUAUCGCAUGGAGCUGCACAUGUUGUGUGGUAAAAGGUCAAGGUCAAAUAUAUGGCUUGAAAGCGGCGCAGUAGGGGGCAUUGUAUUUCACGAACACAGCUCUUGUUUUCUUCUUAUUUUUUUAAAUAUCAUCUAAUAAAUGACCACACCCCCACAGUAUUCCCCCUCACCCCCCUCCACACACAAACAGAAUUAAAUUUUUUUGAAACAUGGUUAAAAAACACAUAUGUAUUUUUAAUAUAUUUUUUUAAAAGACCGUCCAACCAUCCCACCUUAGCUAUUGCUAUCAAACUUUAAAUAAAAUCUGAUUAGUUUGUUUUAUGUCUUUACAAAUGAGUAGAUUUUGGAAAGAUUCCUGAACUCAGAAUCGUCUAUAAUGUACCACUUCUUUAAAACAUAAGCGAUCAAUAUGUUUCAAUUAUGGUCCUCUUACAGUUAGAAUGCGACUAUAUUACCGUCACCUUAUUGAAUAUGAACAAUUUCCCCAUGAUGGCUUACGUUAUACUGUCAAGCACUCGAAAAGUCGAGCGCGAUGUCUUCUGACAGCUCUUGUUAUUAUUGUUUUUCAUAUUUAAUGCCAUUUUACUUUUCCGCAACGAUAUCUAAUCAUACGACACAUGAACACUAAUAUGGUACCAUUUUAGUGUUCGUGUGUCGUAUGAAUAGAUAUAUUCGCGGGAAAUUAAAAUGGAAUUAAUUGUGUCACAAAUAAAUAAAAACGAGCAUUUUGUAUCUACACAAUUCUAUGUAAUCAUACCACAUCUAGCGUUGAAAUUGUGGCUAUUGCUAUAAGGAACACUGAUUGUUUAGGUUUUAACUUUAUUUUACGAAAUACUUUACGAAAUUUUCGUUGAUUUUGAGCGCUUUAGAUGCUUUAAAGAGAUACUUUUGUUUGAUCUUAGCUAAACAUAUUUUAUUAUCAUUGAGAGCAGAUGGUGGAGUUCUUAAAUUUGGGUAAGUUUGAACUCGCUUCCGAGUAUAGGGAUUUUUAUAACAUUGGCAUUUCUCUUGAAUAAUUAAAGUUCUGUUGGUUACUUGAAUGUCAUUUACGACAAGUAGAUAAUUGCUUUGUUCAUUUUUACCUUUACCUCAGGGUUUGCAAAAUAUUUUAUUAGUUUUGUUUUCAUUAUGUUAUACGUGUUUUACUCUCGCUUUUAGGAUUUUUCCAUCAAUGCGUGUAUAGCUAAUGUCUUCUUACACUUGCUUUGAAUGAUUUCACAUACUACAAUAAUGUUUUUGCGAUGGUAUUUGUGUUAUGUAAUUGUCUAUAGAAUGUGUCAAGAUCAUGUAGUGUUUUUCUUCGAGUGAGCGUGUUUUUAGCUCACCUGAGCGAUAGCUCGGGGUGAGCUUUUGUGAUCACUCAGCGUCCGGCGUCCGUCCGUCCGUCUGUAUGUCUGUCUGUAAACAAUUUGUAAACAUAUUCUUCUACUAAACCAUUGAGCCAAUUUCAACUAAAUUUCAUGUGGAGCAUCCCUAGAUCAUGGGACAAAAGAAUUGUUUAAAAAAAAUUUGAUCACAUAACCAAGAUGGCCGCCAUGACCAUAUAUGGUAAAAACCUUAAACCUUGUGUUGACAAUAGAGGUCACAGUUUUCAUCCAAUAUUUAUGAACUGUGGUCAGAAUGUUUAUCUUGAUGAAAUCUGGAUUGGGAUUGUAUUUGGGUCAUCUAGAGUCAGUAGUCAAAUUAUAGAAAAACAUUGUGUAGACAAUAGAGGUCAUAGUUUUCAUCUGAUCUUAAUGAGUCAGGUGAGCGAUUCAGGGCCAUCAUGGCCCUCUUGUUUUCAUUUAUUUAAAUGAGGCGUUUCUUCUUGUUAUAUUGCGUAAUCUCCAAUAUUUGGGUUUGCAUCUGUGUGUUUAAUCUAAUGUUUUAUUUGAGCUUUAUAUUGUGCAUAUACUAAAAUGCCCAUUUAUUAAUGUGCAUAUAAUAAAAUGCACAUUUAUUAGUGUGCAUAUAAUAAAAUGCACAUUUAUUACUGUGCAUAUAAAACAAUGCACAUUUAUAAAUACUUAAAGGUCGCCGUGGUGUAAUGGAUAUGGUGUCCGCCUAGCGACCGGGAGGUCACAGGUUCGAUCCCCACUGUGGGAGCGUUCUUUCGAUCUCCCAUACAAAAACCAAGUACUGGUUCUAGGCCCAGGAAACGGACUCGAGAGCAUUUCAAAUAAGUAGGAAUUACUUUCUGUGCAAUCGAGCUAAAAUAAAUAAGUUUAAAACUAAAUACUUCUGUACCGUAGUACUGGUAAAUCAGCUAGCCUAGGAAAAAGUGUUGAGUUUGUUAACAGACCGCCAUGAUAUGAAUAAAAUACUUUUGAAAGCGGCAAUAAAACAACUAAACAAAGCAACAAACACUUUUUUGGGGCCUCAUGUGAUGUGCUAACUCACCCUAAUUGAAAUCAUUAUGGUCACCAUGGCAUAAUAGUUUGCAAAAAGUUACCAAAAGUGUCCAUAGGCCAAAUAUGCAUGCUUCAGCUUCCAAUCUAUUCCACGUAAUUGAACAGGCCAGGCAAAUAAUAAUACAAACUGAACCAGAAGAUUUCACGGGCCAUGUAAGCUAGUGUAAUUUAACAUUCUUUCAAACUUUUGUGAGUCUAUUAAAUAGAUAAGGUAGGAGUGUUUGGGCACACUCAGGGUCCUCACAUAAUGCAGUUUUUUGCGCGGAAGAACCUCAUAAACUUGAAAUACACGCUUGACUGAUUCUCGGCGAGUCACACUCGCAGAAUGUUUAUUUGUGUACUUUUACCUUUUAUUGCAUGCAUGCUGUUAUAUUUAUUUAAAUGGAUUUUUUUUCGUAUUCCGUAACGCGUUUUACGACAUCGGAUUUAGGGCGGGAAUAAAACUCGGGUACAGACUACAUUGACCGGAUACGUGUUAGUAUAUUUCCGUACCCGGGGUAUAUUUAAAUAUACUUAAAGAGUACCCGGAUACAUUUAAGUAGUACCCGAGCCGACCAUGACCAAUCGAGCCGCAUUAAGGCGUGUACAAACAGCAGUUGAUAAAACGGCUCGCGGUCGCCGUUGAAAAUGCUUUUGGACUGCUGGAGUCUUGUAGCUGUUCGUUGGUAGCGAAUUCGUCAUUGCUUGAUUUAAAGAGAAACAAAAACUAUUUGUUCAAUUAGAAGUAUUAGGAGAAAUUAACUUAAGGCAAUUCAUAUCAAAACGCACCAAUUCUCGAGAGAUGAUGAGUCUGUUGGACAAUUCUUUUCUUGGGUACGGUUAUGGAUUUGCGUCAAAGUCUUCGACUUUGGACUGUUUAAGUCUGUGGCGCUGGAAACGUUCAUAUCCUCUUCUUCCAGUUGUGACCUCUCGGUCGCUAGGCGGACACCAUCUCGAAUACGCCACGAUGGCGACGAUUUAUUUUAUCAUUUGUGUUUCUUCUACUUCAACACGUUUAUAGUCUGUACUUGCACACUUCAUGUUUGAAAAAAAUGAGAAUAAUUUUGGUUGAAGCAAAGAUAUGUAAAUUCCCAUUCAUUCUCUGAUAUUUGGUAGCAGCUGAUGAUUUUACAUAUAAUUACAUGAAAACUUAAAUAAUUACAUCAUUUAAUGUUACUUUUACCAAGGGAACCAGACUGCGUGUUGCUACCGUUUUGAAGGGGGCCGGUCAACUCGUACCUAAGUCAACUCGCACGGUAGUCAACUGGCACGUUUUUUGGUUAUCUCGCACGUGUUUUUUGGACAACUCGCACUUUUUGAAGUCAACUCGCACACCCAAAAAACGUUCAGCAAUAGAUGUGGGAUAUAAUAUGAUAAUUAGUUUACAUGUGUAAAUCAUAGACAUGCUGUCUUUUUUAUUAUCUGAAUAUACGGUUGUCACAAUAAAAGCGACCUAAAAAUUGUUUCAGAUUCGCAAAUUGUCAUUGUAGUUAUGAUAUUUGUGAGGCAACAGUAAUACCAGAAACGUAGAUAGCUACGUCUCUGGUAAUACUGAACAUUUAAUAGUGUAGCUUUCACUGUUUUAUUGCUUAAGUUUCUUACAGCAUUUUUAUUUAUAUCACACAAUUUUAGAUUAAUAAUCCUUUAAUUAAUGCUUCAUAAUAGUAUCAAUAACUCUUAAUUUUAUCAACUGUAUGUACAUAUAUAAUAUUAUGUUUUUACAACGCCAUUGAAUAUAAUUAUAUAAAUAGGCGUUUCAACAAAUUGACAAGUUUCUAGUUUCAAGUUUCUCUAUAAUAUCCAUUAUAAGUAUCUUUUGACGAUUUAUAAACCUGUACAUUACAAAGUGUUGCAACGCGAAACGAUUGAAUAAUUUGGAGAGUUAUUUUGUUGACGUAAUAUUGUGCGACACUACGAGCAUUUCUUAUAUAAAGUAUAAUAUACAUAACCAAUUGUAUGAGCACGGAUGACUGAGUGGUCCCAGUGUAAGUUUUUUACUCCAGGGGUCAGUGGUUCAAGCUCAGUUGAGGGUUACUUAUUUUCUUUCUUUAAUUGCAUUCUAUUUUUUAUCGGAGCUUUUUUGAUCCAUUGUUUACAUUUAUCAAUAUAAUGCAUUUAAUGACCAACUUCAGUACAUGUCAAAAUCUGCCAAAAAAUGUCCCUUUAAGGUCUCUUUUACACUUGUGGUCGGUGUUUUUCACGGGUAAUAUGUCUAUAUGUAAGAGGUGUGAAAGGUGUUUUAUACAACGAACGUUAAUUAAAAUUGCCAAACAUUAACCUUUUUUUUUGGUAUGUUAACUAAUCAGUUUUAAUUAAAUGUUUGUCACAACACGGAUAAUGGUGUAAAAGGUGUUGUAUACCUCUCAAGACUCAUUUUAAGUAAAUUAUCUUGUAAUCAGUUUUACUCUUAUAAUAAUUAUUAUUGCGUUACAUCAACUUUGAUGUGUAUUAAUGUGUAUUGUGUCCAUGAUUAAAAAAAAUGAAAAUAAA